AUGGGUCGUGUCAGGACUAAAACCGUAAAGAAAGCAGCCAAAAUCAUUAUUGAGAAGUAUUAUACAAGGCUUACUCUUGAUUUUGACACAAACAAGAGAAUAUGUGAGGAAAUCGCAAUUAUUCCAACCAAACCUCUUCGUAACAAAAUUGCCGGGUUUGCCACCCACUUAAUGAGACGUCUCAGACAUUCCCAAGUCCGAGGAAUCUCAAUCAAGCUUCAAGAAGAAGAACGUGAACGAAGAGACAAUUAUGUUCCCGAGGUCUCCGCCUUGGAACAUGACAUCAUCGAAGUUGAUCCCGACACCAAGGAGAUGUUGAAGAUGCUAGACUUCAACAACAUCAACGGUCUUCAACUAACGCAGCCCGCUACCCAGGGUGGCUACGGUGGCAGACGUAAUUAA